AUGCUGGCGCAGUCGACAAGUGCUCAGGAUGUCCUGGAAAGAAGACGACGGCAACAGUUACUAAGAUGCGCAACAACUGCACUGGCGAACGUCGGCCGAACACAGCCCUAUACGGCCGCUCUGAGAUUCAUCGAAAUCUAUGCAAGGGAAGAGGACUGUGCAAGCUUGCUCCACUCCGGCUAUUAUCACUCGGUCAUGUCACUCUUCUGCAAACAUUAUCAGCUCCCCAAACCUCUGACCAUUGAAGAAAGUCUCUCCGCACGUAACGAGUCGCUUCUUGAACUGCUGUUGCUACCGAUACAGCGUUCCGCCGAAAAGUCGACUGCGGUGUGCAACUUCAUCGACACGAUCUGUAAGCAGCAGUUCGAAGCGCAGGCUGUUUGCUGUGUUGUGCCUUUUCUGGGUCGACUGUGUAAAUCCGGGCGCUUCGACUUCGUCGACGUUACACAUGCUUUGUGGAAUGUACUUGGUGAUCUAUCGGCAUUGGACGAAGUAACAGCCAUUAGGAUCGCGUACUGUGUUACUUCUCUAGCAUCUGCUGCUCCACUCGGUAUCGUUAAAUUUGGCUCAUUUUUUAUGCGUUUUUUGCAGCAAUGCAAUGCGAAAAACGCAUAUUGACG